AUGCCUACUGAGUCGUUUGACCGGUUGAACAACAUCAACUACCGGGGACUGUGGCUGAGUUGUCGUGCUCAACUGAGGAAUAUGCUUCGGCAGAAAGCACUAUCGGAGGAAGCAAAGGAAAGAGGGUCAAUCGUCAACAUCGCAAGUCAGCUCGGGAUAGUGGGAAGACCAGGAGCGGCGGCUUAUUGCGCAUCCAAAGCCGCAAUCAUCAACAUGACGCGGUCAAAUGCAAUCGAUUACUCAGACGAUGGCAUAAGAGUAAACUGCGUUUGCCCUGGUGUCAUCGAAACACCAAUGACAACUACUUCACCGGAGAUGGUGAAAGCAUUGAAGCCUGCUAUAGAUAUUGCACCAAUGAAGAGAAUGGGCACUCCAGAUGAAGUCGCAGACGCGGUGCUCUUCCUCUGCUCACCGCAAGCAUCCUUCAUCCAAGGUCAUGCGUUAGUAGUCGAUGGAGGCUACACCAUUAAUUAG